ACCUAUUUUCAGGUACCUUCUGUGUGGGGACCUGUUGGAAAGGGUGAGGACCCGUACGCACCUCCACAAACAGGCUGCACCUGUAUCGUGAUGUGAUAUGUUACUCCUUAUACCCCAUACCGUGACAUACCCCCUUUCAUUUUCUGGCUAUGGAGAGACCGAAGGAGACUCCGAACACCCCUUUCCUGCGCGACACAUCCACGCAUCCUACGCACACUCAAACUGCCCACGCUCGUUACACAUAUCCUACAUCUCCUCAUCAUUGUGACUUUCCAAAACCAGAUGGACGAUGCUUCAUGGCUUGCACAUUCUUACACUCCAGUCGUAUACAUAUUGCUGCAAACCCUUCGCUGCUUCGAGUCAUUCCAAGGUCUAUCCAUUUCGAGCAUGUCACUCUUUGCAUGAUUCAUUCUCUCAUUUUUUGCAUGGCUCCGUGUUUUAUUUGUUUUUAUCAGUUCUUGUCUCGGUUGGAAGUGCAUCUAUGUGAUAUAUAUGUGUUGAGGAAGAGACCUUCGACAAUAAAGCCAAUUACUAUCAUAUUAAAUUCUGAGCCAAGACCUAGUGAACUAUUUGAAAAUAGCUUUCGAUCAACAUGUGAGCUCUUUGUCCUUAUUACCAGGAGUCUUGUCCUGUCAGUUUGUUCUUAUAUCCUAGUUUCUCGUUAUAAACAACAGAUGUCUCUUCGUGAAUUCCUGCUGCAUCUACUCGCGCCCAUCUCUGAAACGCGUUCCGUUGUUCACAUAACAGUUUUAGGAAGUGCACCACAAAUUCGAUCGUCUGUACAGUUGGUUCACACCUUCAGUUACGUACUCCUCUCUGUGCCAUGAUCCAAGACGUGCGCCUGCAAAUUCGCGAGUUUGCUGCGCCAGCGGCGCAAAAACUGGGCAUCGGCAAGAUAUCUGACUUUGCCGAUGUUAUCUUGCUCUCUUUCGUGUUCUUUACUACUGUGCACAAUAGUUUCUCACCUGCAGUAAGCGGUGUGCUCUUUCCUGUCUCAUAUGGGAAUGCAGGAAAGAGAGCGAAGAACAACUGGAAUAUACGCGUGGCAUCGCUCGUCCAUGCUAUCUUGAUCAUAUUCCUUGCCGGGCGCUGUCUCAAUCUCCCGAGCCUUGACCAAAAUCGCGCCUUUGGUUGGCAUGAAGAUGCAGGGUUUGUAAUAGCUA